UGUACGCCCCCAGCCCCCACGCUGCCACCAAGCCCCAGCAGCACCGAGCUCACCCGCAACGCGAUCGCGGCCGUAGGGAGCCCCGGGGACCCCCCGCGCCUUCCCCGGCCCGUCCCGGGCGGAGGCCGCGGAGAGCGCAGCUGCUCCCCCAAGCGGUCGCCGUGCGGCACGGCGCCCCAGCGGCGCUUGGGCGGGCCGGGGCGUGGGGCGGCUGCGGCGAAAACGCGGGAGGGCGGGUGUUGGUGGUGCCGGCGGCGGCGAUGAAAUUCCCGGGCUCGGUCCUCGUCUCCCUCGUCCUCUUCGUGGCCGAGACGGCGGCCGCCCUGUGCCUGAGCGGCGCGUACCGCGCGGCGGGGGACCGCAUGUGGCAGUGGCUGACGCUGCUCUUCGCCCUCCUGCCCUGCGCGCUGGUGCAGCUCAGCCUGGUCUUCAUCCACCGGGACGUCAGCCGCGACCGCCCGCUGGUGCUGCUGCUGCACCUCCUGCAGCUGGGGCCCCUCGUCAGGUGUGUGGAAGUCUUUUACAUUUACUUCCAUGCUGGCAGAGUUGAAGAGCCCUAUGUCAGCAUCACGAAGAAGAGGCAGAUGCCCAAGGAUGGGUACUCAGAAGAGAUCGAGAAGGAAGUGGGCCAGGCUGAAGGAAAGCUGUGUACACACAGAUCUGCGUUCAGCAGGGCGUCUGUGAUCCAGGCAUUCCUCGGCUCAGCGCCCCAGCUCACGCUUCAGCUCUACAUCUGUGUCCUGCAGCAGGAGAUCACGGCUGCCAGAAGUAUUUUUAUGGUGCUUUCUCUCCUGUCAAUUGUAUAUGGUGCCUUACGCUGCAACAUCCUGGCUAUUAAGAUUAAGUAUGAUGAUUAUGAUGUCAGCGUGAAGCCAGCUGCCUACCUCUGCAUAUUCCUGUGGAGAAGCUUUGAGAUUGCUACGCGGGUUACGGUGUUGGUCCUUUUCAGUUCAGUCCUUCAAAUCUGGAUUCUCCCCGUUGUGCUUGUAAAUUUCUUUGGUUUUUUCUUCUACCCGUGGAUUCUCUUCUGGCAAAGCAAGUCCCCAUUUCCCGAGAACAUAGAGAAGGCAUUAAGCAGGGUCGGCACCACCAUCGUCUUGUGCCUUCUCACCUUCCUGUACGCCGGCAUUAACAUGUUCUGCUGGUCGGCAGUACAGGUGAAGCUCAAUGAUCCUGACUUAAUUAACAAAUCCCAAAACUGGUACCGACUGACUGUGUAUUACAUACUGCGAUUCAUUGAGAACGCAUUCCUCCUGCUGAUGUGGUACAUUUAUAAAACUGAUAUCUACCUGUAUGUCUGCGCCCCAUUGUUGGUCUUGCAGCUCCUGAUAAGUUACUGCAUGGCUGUCCUCUUCAUGUUGGUGUUUUACCAGUUCUGCCACCCGUGCAAAAAGCUUUUCUCAUCCAGCAUUUCUGAAGGUUUGCUGUCCUGUUUCACAUUCCUCUGCUUUAUUUGCAAGCCUGCCAAAUCCACCGUACUGACAAACAAGGCAGAGGUGAAAUCUCCUGAAAAUACUGAUGAAGCAUGGAGCAGUAGCAAGACAAUAGAUUCUCAAAAGGGGAAUCUUCAUCAAAGUGUUUCUUCUAAUGCCUAGUACAACUGAAAGCAAGUAGGUGCCUUUGAAAGGUGGCAGAUCACCUGCUGGGAAGGUCAUGUAUCUUGGUCAUCGUGUCUUGUGGAUGGGAUUUCUUUCUUGCAGGUGUGGCACUGCAUGAUGACUGACAAGCCUACCUUUUUCAGAAAACUUAGUGUACGAGUAUGUGUAUCUGUGUGUGUUUGUGUAUGGAGAGCAAUCAUUGUUUGUAGACUUCUGUUUCAGAAUUUUUUGCACAUAGGUUUAUUAUCCCAUGCUUAUUUUGAAAUCAUUAUAAGAGACAUCCUUCAAUAACUGGCUUGAUGCUCAUCUUACUCAGGAAAUCUGUGGAUGGAAGGAAAUGCAUUUUAUUUCAGAUAGGAUCUCAUUCUGGCAUGCCACCCUAGCAUGGAAAUAGUGCAUAGACCUUGACCAUAUAUUGACUGUAGCUGUGGUCUGCUUUGAUCAAAUUGCAGACUUUUUUAUACUUUAAUCAGUGUAAUGAGAUAAUACUUCUCUCUGUGGUAUAAAAAUUGGACUUCUGCAACGCACUGUAAUCUAGGUUGCCAAGAAACAGCCAAUUAGCCAGCCAGCAAUAAUGCUGUUACUGAGAACGGACAGAGGAGUUACUGGCUUUGCACUGUUUUACCCUUCAUAUUUGCUGCUUGUUAGUAAGGGAAUUAAAUUUAACACAUUAAUUGUGAUGUUCUGGAAUAACUAUUUUUUUCUGACAUUAUCAUGUAUCUAAUACUUCAUUUGUGAUGUUCUGGUAUUAGGGUGGUGUUCACUUUAUAUAACUUUAAAUAUCAAGAAGCUGGGCAGAUAGUGUGAACUGAUCAUGCAGGUGCUCUCCAGAACACAUCUCCAGGGAGUGAUUCAACCCAUCUUAAAACAUCCUCUAAGGCAGGUGAUAUAAAUAAUUAUCUGGAGACCUAUUAGUCAGUGUUAACCAGAUGCCUCAUCAAUUAGUUUUGGCUGUCUCCCUUUUAGAUGGCUGAAGCUCAGAGAUGAGCACUGCCCUGAUUGUCAGGGGGUUGGUAGUACACCCAGCAGGCAACUCAGUGACUUGUGUGGGGACAGAAGACACCGAAUCCUUCUUUUUCAGACCGUGAUAUGUCAUGAUUAGUUUAGUAUCAGUAGUUCAAAACCCUCUACCUUCUUUACCUCAGAAAUAUCACAGGCUUGAAAUCUGAAAGAGGAAAUGGAAGUCAUUGACUUUUGUUCUGUGCACUAUAUCACCACAGAUAACAGUUUCUGUAUCUUGCAAGUUGCUGAGAAAGCAUCAGCAAAUGAACACCCAAGAAUUUAGUGGAAAUACACACAAAAAAAAAAAAACUUGAAAAAUUAUGUGAAAGCCUUUUGCACUUUGUUUUCUUAACACCUCACAUUUCUUUUGAGUAUUACAUAUUAUGGCUGCUAGUGGAAACAAAUAAUUCAUGACACAAAGCAUCUCCUAGUAUCCUAAGCUUGGCCUCCAUCCUAUCAUUACAGAGGAUGUGAAGUUCUUCAGUGGGGCUGACAUCAGCAUCAUUAUAUUAGAAGUGUCUCAAGUUUGGGUUUGAGGUCAUUUAUAAUGAAAUAUGUCACAUGCAAUGCUGCAAAGAGCUAAGCUGGCUUGUUUUUUUCUUUACUGCACUGUAGAUGAAUGUCUUGAUAUUUCUGUUUUAUAAUGGAGUUAUGUUUUUAUUUUGCUUAAUAUGUGUCUGUGUGUGUGUGUGUGUGUGUGUAGAUCUCACUGAAUUAUGGGUGGGUGGCAGUGGGAAUUUUUUGCCUAAGCUUGCUAUUGGAGUGUACCUCAUGUGUCUGGGAAGGGCAUCUAACAUCUCAGUUCUAAUUUCUCUCUGUGAGGAGCAUAGAACAGUGAAGUGACUCCUUGAAUACACUACAGUAUUUCUCUGUACUUCUGUAUCUAGAAGUACAGUAUAAUUUUUCUCUGUAUUUUUCUAGGUGUAGAAGAGUAUUUCAGAUUUUUUUCUUUUUUAAGUACUGAGUUAAAGGAGCAAGUGAGAAUGUAACUGUUGCUUCCAAACCUGCGGAGUUCAGCACAUGGAGCCAAAUUUUCAGCUGAUCUUAGCUAAAACUGAGCAUGUGACUUUAUAGUUGGAUGCUUAUCAAUGACGAGGGAAUUAUGGUUGUUGCCUAUCUAUGGAUGUACCUAAGUAUGAAAUGUUAGCCUUUGGAAAAAAAAAAAUGUGGCUUCAUAGAUAGAAGCGCUUCGUAUGUGAAGAGAGAGCUCUCAAAUCCUUAAAGCAGACUUUAGAUACUGUAGGUGAUGGCACCAUUGUGAUUUUGCUAUUUGGAAACAGUGGAAGCUUCACAAACCUCAGCCAGUGAAAUGCUUGUGCUAUAGUGAAGUCAGCAGUGGGAGAGUUACACAGCCAGGAGUCCCAUAUGUAUACAUAGGGAGUCCUGUUCAACUUCAUGUACCAAUAAUGAAGACAACUGUAUAUGCAUAUUUUUAGAGAAUGUGCCAUAUUACGUCCUAAUUUUAUACCAAUCUCAUGAAGUGCACGCAUAGGGAACUGAAUAUUUAAAUCACUGUUAUAAGAGAAAGGAAAAUUGUGUGGGUUACAUUACUGUCAUAUAGUGUUGCCUUAGUUGUGCAGACUAACCAAAUACAGUUUAAAUACUCUGUGACCAUGAGGGCUGUUGUUUUUGCUGUCCCUCAUGUCACCAUAGCAUGGAGGGCAGAUUAAGGGCAGCAUUGAUGCUCUAUGUAUAUGUUGAUCUAGCUGUGCUGCCAUUGCUGGUAGAAAGAGUGUAUGAAAGGGAGUCACAGAGACAAAGAUGUUCUGUUAAGAUUGCUGUUUAAAGGACAAGCUUAUUUUUCAAAAGUGUUUCGUAAUGCUAGGAGAGGCAGUUAUGCUCAGGAUAGUGACAGUCUAGGCAGUGGUGUUACCAGUACACCCAGUGGCUGCACUGAGAGGAUGGUAUUAGCUACAAAGGAUGCAAUGCAUAUGAAUGACUGAUCUCUUGCUGCAAGUUUACUGUGGUUUUAUUCUCCUCAAUGAAUAUUAGAGGUGUAUGUGUUCAGUGGAAGUGUAUAGGGCUACUGUUAAAAACUACUCACUUGAGUAGUCUCGAGUCACACAAAGGAUUGCUCAAUAAAGAUUAUCCAUGUGUAUAAAAGUAUGCAAGAUCUAAUACAUAGGUUUUAUUUUAUACUUGUAAAAGAACACCAAUUAAAAUGUUGAAACACCUUC